AUGGAGGUGGUUCUGAGGAACCGAACAGUCAAAAGGCAAAACUUUAACCAGGAUGUGCGAUCCGCUGCCACGAACUGUCCCUUUUCUCCUGAGACCCUGCCCGGCUCACAGCGGAGGCUCAGCACUCCGGGAGAAAGGGCUUCCAGUGCCGGCUCCACUUUCAAAGUCGUUACUUCCAUCGAAGAGACUGCCUCUAACUCGUGGCCUUACUGCAGGACUCAGAAUUGCUCCACACCGGUUCCCGACAGCGGAGAGGAGCUGAGCUACCCCUGUUCAGCCCUUAUUAAUAUCGAGCACCGCAUACUAACCAGAGCCGGCAACAGCGAUGUCUCGAGUCCUGUUCGUUCAACCAACUUGAGCAUCUGCACCCACCUACAUAGACCUCAGUCCCCUGAAGUCAGACAAGUCACUGUGCCUGAGACCAAUCUAACUGAUGUUAGCCACUUGGAAACUCCUGAAGAUAUGAGCUUGAUUACUGAGGAAGACCUGCUAGACACGAUCUUUCAUGCUUGUGACAUAACACAUCAAGGUAAAGUGGCUGUUUCCAAGAUAGUUGACUACCUGAGACACACCACAAGCCGUAGCUCAGAGGACAGUGGCCUUGAGGAUCUGUGUAACAUGCUGGAUCCCAAUAACCAAGAUAUCUCCAUUGAUCUGGAUACGUAUCAUGCCGUCAUGAAAGAGUGGAUUGAGGAAUGUAGAAGGAAAAGCAUUCAUGAGGAGACGCCUGAAGUUAUAAAUCCGAUUGAAGAUGCUGUCAACAUUCAAGAUGGACUCGUGCCAGGAAUUAAACUUUCUGAUGCAAUGAAUGGAACAGCCGGAAGUCUGGAGGCAUUUGGUGGGGAAAUUUCCAAAGGAGACCUGGAGUCGUCAGACUUGAUAUCUUGCAUUGCUGACCUUCAGUACAACAACCACAAGCUUCAGGAACAGAACUGUAAGUUAAGGUUGACAGUGGACGCCAUGGAGGAAACCAAUCACCGACUGAUGGAAGGAACGGAAGAGCUGCAGAACCAGAUCAAAAGCGCCCAGCAGUCUGUGUUAAAAGAAAAGUCACUGAAAGAAGAACUGGAAGAAAUGAAGGCAAAUAUGAGCCACUUGGAAGAUCGAAGUGAAAAGCUUUUGCUUCAGAAUAAACAGAUGGCAAAGGACAAUCAAUCUCUAAUAUCUCAGAUUGGUUCGCUUCAGGAAGAGAAUAUUGGGAAUGCAAUAGAGAUGGAUGAUCUACAUAAGAGGAUUGCUGUGCUAACUGAUGAUAAGGAGAAACUCGAUAUGCAGUUGAAUGAUUUUAAAGGCCAGAUUCAUAAGAAAGAAGCAACAUUGAAUAAGAAGAACAGCCAAGUUGGGGAACUUACAAGUGCCAUUGAAGAAUAUUCCUUAAUUAUCGAGGCCUUGAGAACAGAGAAGAAUAAUUUAGAAAAUCAGAUGUUACUUAUGCAACAGGAACUAGCCACUGGAUGUACACAUUCCCGGAUGGUAUUUAAAGACAGCCCUGAGAUGACUGGACUAACAGAUUCCUUGCAGUCUGAACUGUUAUUCGCUCAACAUUUUCCUGAGCUUGAUACUUCGGAAUGGUUCAGUAGCUCGGUCUUCCUCGACACCGCUCUGGACAAGGAGGUACAGCUGUUACUGCAGCCUCCAGGCCCACAGCAAACCACGGCAGACUUCAAACGGAUUAUAACACGGAUGACAAAGGAGCUCUCUGAAGAAAUGACAGCGUUGAGCUCUUGGCUGAGACAAAUAGCUGAAUCAGAGAGGAGUUGCAAAGAUCUGAAUGAGGCUAAAGUUGAGCUUCUAAAGAGCCUACAGGAAAAAAGCAACUUGUGGCUUCAGAACCUCCAGGUCCUGGUGCAACUGAAGCUGACGGUGGAUCAGGAAUACGUGACACUGGCUAGUAACUUUAGGAGAAGCAGGACUGAGGAACUUCACUGGAAGAAGAAACAAGCCACCAGAUUGCGUGAACUCGAAACUCAAAAGCGUUUGGCUGAGGAAAGGUUAGUCGAGAUACAAGAAGCUCCCCAACGCGGCGAGAAGAUGCACAAACAGAUGAUUGACAAGGAAGCCUGUCUCUCUGCCUGGAAAGAAAGUGAAGUCGUGCAGCAAGAACUGAAGGAAGCUGUCACUGAAAAACGGAACCUGCGGGCCAUAAAUAAUGCUUUAUCAGACUCCACCAAAACGCUUAAACUAACCCUAAACCGGCAACAAAAAACCAUUCAAUCAUUAAAGAAGCUUUACAAAGAGGAGUCUUGUGCUUUGCAGCGGCAGCAGAGGGGAAUUUGCAGCAAAAGAUUAUGGUCAGAAGGAGCUUCUCAAGAUGUAGGACGGAAUUGUGCUUAUCUUUUCCCAUCGACUCAUCAAGGCACAAUUUGUAAGCUGGGAGCCCUGAGCUGCUAUACACCAUUGCUGGAUGCCUUAACUUUGGAGCUUCCAAACUUUUAUCCAUGUUUCUGCAAUGGGAGUUGUUGUGCAGUAAAUACACUAGAAUCUUACCCCAAAUCUGACAACGUGGAGUGGCAAAAUCCAGAGAUGUCAGCAAAUGAACAAUUCAACAAGUCUGGGUGUGAGCAGUAUUCAGUUGGAGUCCAAACAGAUAUAGAGCUUUCUGUGUCUGGUACAAGUGAAACGUCUCUAAAACAGGCAUCUGCUGGUCAAACCAUGGAUUCUCGUUACAGUCCUCCCAGUGAGAAUCUAACAGCCAUCCAGGAAAUCUCCCUGCAUGACAGCCUGGAGACCAACAGGAUGUUGGAAGAUGGUUCGUCACUUCUUGUACGCGCUGGUCAAACCCUCUCCGAGAAAGUGGUCAGAAAAAAUGGAGCCGAAGAGGAAUUGAGCUCCAAGGAAUCGCCAGGCACCGCUGGAAGGAGAAUUACGUUUGUUGAAGAUAACACUCAGUUGUCCGAUAAAACUAAAGAUCUCUUGAAAAGGACCUUAUGGCAGAAAGCAUCUGCAACUGAACAAGAGGUUGAGACUGAAUUUCUUCGGUUCUCACUAGCAUUCAAAUGUGACAAGUUCACCCUCGAAAAAAGACUGAGAUUGGACCAGCGAUCCAAAGAACUGGCCGAAACAAAUUUAAAAAAGGAGGUUGAGAACUGUCAACAAAUGAUAAAGGCCUUGUACCUUUUAGACCAAGAAGAACAAUCGCAGGAAAUCUUGGAGAAGCUGGAUAAGAGUCUGGCGGUUCUCGGCCAGGCAGUGACCAGAGUGGCCAGCAGAGCUGAAAUGUUGGGUGCCAUUCACCAGGAGGCUCGUGUUAGUAAAGCCGUUGAGGUUAUGAUCCAGCACGUGGAAAAUCUGAAACGGAUGUACACGAAAGAGCACACGGAACUGGAGGAAAUGAAGCUAUUGAUUGUCCAGAACCAAAAAAUCACAGCUUUAUAUGGAGAAAACCGAGACGAUUUGCGAAAUAAAAAAUCCUCCAUUUCAGGAAAAGGUUCCAUGCGAAGAGUUAGUAUGCCCGCUAUUCCAAAAAACACAGUAGGGCACUUGGAAUUGAAAAAGUUGAAGGAUAGCGAAGAAUUCCGGAGAUUGUCGGAUGGUGACAAAUACAAUUUCUGCGGCAACCUGAAGAGCAAUGCCGGCAGUUGGAAACAUCUAGGGUCCAAAAAAAAUCCAGCUGCCCCGACUUUACGGCCAUCACGUCCAUCACUGCAACGAUUUAUCAGCUACACCUGGGGCAAUUCUGAGGACCUGCCAGAGAAUAAAGGCACUUGCCAAGGACUGGAAGUGGACGAGGAGGAAUCUAAAGACCAAGUGGAUAGCCCGAACUCAGCAGAACCUGGAAAUAAAUGUCCGAGUGCUGAAUCUCGCACAUUUUACGAUGGAAUAUCAACCCACUUAAUUGAACUGGGGAAUACUUUCUUGAAAAACAAUCAGAGACUCUGCUUCCCUCUGAUCCUUGUCCUGGCAUUAACCUUCUUGGCCAGCCUGGUGAUUGGCUGGACUUUCCGUGCCUCGGCUGAUGCCGCAACUGUGGGGACAAACGAUGGGGGCACCGGAGAUUCCUGGACAUCAGUGCAACAAUUUCUCUGGCCUUACACCGGACUUCAGCACAAUGCACAGCCACCCGUAUAAUCAUUACAUCACCCACAGAAGCAGAUGUGUUGUUUUAUUGCCCAGACGGGUGUCUGACACACGUGGAAACUCAUCACCGUCGCUUAAGAGUC